AAUCAAAUGAAAUUAAAAAAUUUCAGUCUCGAAAAUUGAAAAAUCAGGCACGCAGUGAAAAGCUUGCUAAGGCUAGUGCAUACGGGGUUUCGGCCCAAAUGAAAAAAAAUUGCCCUGACAACGGCCCGCCUUCGUCUUCAACAACCACUCUACCAGUCAUCGGCCGAGACUGCAUCAGGCCACCGGCGUCCGACGCACUAUCAGACGAGGGACGACUGGAAGACAACUGAACCAGCGUCCUCCGAAGCUCUGAGACCCAUCCACCGGAUAUCGUUGACCGACUGCCCAGCGUGAUUGCGUCUGUUCGCCGCACUGUACGCCGCAAAAAUUCCGGGUUCUGACUCACUACUCAGCCAGGUUUACAUAUAUUUAACAUGGGUUGCUCCAAGACAAAGUGAUGGUGGAAGAUCCUCAUUCAGUUAAUAGUCCUCGAAGGAUUCUCAGUUUUACAAAAAACAAGAGGGCAACUGUUGUCUUCCCAGAUUCAAAUCAAAAGGUUUCAGAAUUUACUCUUCCUGGGGAUCACGGACCCAAUCCUUCUGAAGUUUAUGGAUUUGUUGGGUCUAUUUCUACCGUUGUUGCUGCAGUUAUCUUUCUUGUGUGGGCAUAUGUCCCAGAGAAUUGGUUGCAUUCAGUCGGGAUCUUCUACUAUCCAAGCAGGUACUGGGCAUUGGCUGUGCCAGCGUAUGUUAUGAUGAGCAUAGUUCUAUCAGUAACAUUUUACAUUGGUCUCAACUUCAUGUCCACACCUCCCCCCACUUCUUUCACCACCAUGUUUGAUGAAUUCAGUAGAGAACCAUUGCUGAGUAGUGCUUUUAUAGACGAUGAAGAUGAUGAGCGACCCAUUGAUCCGAUCUCUGAUAUCGGCAUUGAUCAAAUUAAUAAAAUAAUGUUUCAGAAUUUUGAUUAACAUUUGUUCGCUAGUCACCACUGGCAGCCUUAUAACAUUGCUUUGUAUGUCGCCAUAGUUGGUAAUUGUGAUCAAUAGAAGAAUUAAACAGAUUUACGCAGAAGGAAAUCAUGAGAUGAACAAGGUCCACAUAACCACAUUCCAAAAGUAGAUCAGAUUCCCCUUAAGCUUUGUCAAUGAUGUACUGUUCUUUGUUUUUUUUUGGUAAAUCUGAAAAUCCAAAAAAAUUGUGUCGAAUGCUAAUAUUAUAAAGAAGUUUU